AUGUCACAGCACGGACCCAAAUUAAUCGAUCUCUUUGAAAAAGCAACCUCUGAUGACUUGAAAGAGCCAGACUACGGUCUCAAUAUUGAAAUCGCAGACCGAAUGAAUUCUCGCCGCCGCUAGUAACUUUUACUUACUCUCUCUCCAUGAGUGAGCAAAGUAUUGAUCGCUUGCUUACUCCCCCCCUCCGUGAGUGAACAAAACCAUUAGAAAAAUCCCUAUUUUUUGCCCAAAACCCACCCUCCGUGACUGAACAAAAAUUGUUUUAAUAGAAAAAUUUUUUAUGGGAAAAAAUUUUGAUAUAUAAGUGAUAAUGAGUAUAAUGAAAUCUAGAGCUAAUUCUGUUUAAUUUUAAACGAAUUGCUUUUUAAAAAAUAAAUUUUAUAAAUUAAAUUAAUAUUUGCUUUCCAAUUUUUGCGAAUUAGGAUUUUUUUAAAUUUCGAAAAACAAUAUUUUUUAUAAAAUUUAUAUAUAAAAUUUUUUUAAAAAAAAAAAUUAACCCCCUCCGUGAGUGAACAAAAUUUUUUUGUUCACUCACGGAGGGGGGGAGUUAGGAUUAAUUUUUUUUUAAAAUUUAAAAAUUCUUAGUUCGUAAAAUUGGGAAUUAAAAACUAAUUUAUUUCCCAAAAAUUUAUGUUUAGAAUGCAAGCUGUUUAAAAUUCAACAGAAUUAAUUAGAGAUUUCUUUAUAAUAAAUACAUUUAUAUAUUGCUCAUUUGCGAGGGUAGUUUUUUCUCAAAAAAUAGGAUUUUUCGAAUUGCUUUGCUAAAUCACGGAGGAAGGUUAGUUGUUUAGAAGGAAUUGAAUAUUUUAAACAGCUCUUCAGAUCCACCGACCUCAAAACCAUUGAACUUACUCUAUCUCUGCUCGAAACCUGUGUAAAAAACUGCAAUAGCCACUUUCAUCGAUAUCUAAGCAAUCGUGAAUUCAUUCCUAGUUUCAGUCAGCUUCUCAAAAGGCUCCGAAGAAAGCUCAACUUAGUCGAGAAAAUGGCUGGGCUUUACAAAAACCCUGGCUGACGCAAAAUUGAAGACCGCGUUUUAUGUUUGAUUCAGCUAUGGGCUGAUACCUUUAUGAUGCAUGAAGACACAUAUCCCGCAUUUAUGAAAAUCUAUAGAGAACUUCGAAAAGAAGGCUUAAAGUUCCCAACCCGAGAUCCUAAUGAAAGGUUCAUGAUAAAAUUCGAAGGAGACCCUUCCCCUGCAUUUGAACUGGCUGAUAUGGAGCAACAAGUUAAAGGAUCAUCAGAAAGAGACGUCCUACCUCGAAGAUCGCCGCCAAGAUCAAGAGCUCCUGCCCGAGGCCUUGACGAAGACCCAGAGCCAAAAUUAAUGCAAAGCGACAUUGAUUCGCUGAAUAGGAAUUUACCUUUACUCGAAGACAUGAUUGCAAGAGCAAGAGACGUCAGAGAUCUUCAAGAGCCAAGCGUAAAAGAAGUAGUAAGGAACUGUAGGUCAGCCCAGAAAAAAUUAAUUUGGGUUAUCUCAUAUAAAGCUUCAAAUAGCACAGAUGAAAGAGACACAAUUGAGCUAUUAGGAAUCAUGGACUAUAUCAAUUCUAAAAUGGAUACCUUUAAAAAUGCUGUAGGAGUGUUAAAAAGAGGAGGAACAAAUAAAGAAGUCGUUGAUAUACUAAAAGGAAAAGCAAAAGAUGAGGAUAAUUUAUUAGAUCUUGGAGAAGAUUUCUUGGAAAUUCAAGAAAAAAAUCCUUUGGAUAAGCUAGAAAAAUAUGUGUGGGGAAGAAGACCUGAGGAAAUAAGACCUGAGCAAAGAAAAGUUGAGGUAAAUGUGGAGGCGAGGAUACCUCCUCCAGAAAUUCCAAGAAUUGAAGAGCCACCUCAGCAUGGAAGAAAACUUGCACCUUUGCCGGAUUUAUUGCUUGAUGAGCCUGAAGACUAUACACCUACACCUAGUAGAGAUCAAGGAAAUCUGUAUGACUUGAACUCUAUUUUUGCUCAGCCAGUGCAGCCUCCUCAAGUCCAGCCUUUAUAUCAGACUCCUGGGUAUAACCCUCAGAUGCAAGCUCAGGUACCAAUUGGAUACCCUCCAAAUUAUCCUAAUCAGCCCAUUAUGCAACCAGGGUUUAAUCCUCAAUUAAACCAAGGCUAUCCUCCACAGCCUUAUCCUCAGAAUUACGCUCAGCCUGUUUCUGCAGAUCAGCAAAGAGAUGAAUUUGAAGAUUUCUUUUCUGAGAUAGCUAAUCGCCGAUAA